AUGGCGGCCCCGCAGCGGCUCCUGCUGGAGAACGCCGAGCAGCUGGUGCUGGUCUGCGCCCGGGGCGAGCGCUACCUGCUGCGGGACGGCUGCGCACGCCUGGCCCUGCUGCGGAACGCCAGCCUGGUGGUGGGGCUAGAUGGUCGGAUCAAAGCUGUGGGCCAAGCAGAUGUCAUUCGCCAUCAGUUUUCAGGAGCAACGUUUGAAAGGAUAAUUGACUGCUCUGGGAAGUGUGUGCUACCAGGCCUGGUUGAUGCACACACACACCCAGUGUGGGCUGGUGACAGGGUCCAUGAGUUUGCAAUGAAGCUGGCAGGUGCAUCCUAUAUGGAGAUCCACCAGGCUGGUGGAGGAAUCCACUUCACCGUGGAACACACUCGGAAGGCCACAGAGGAAGAGCUGCUCAGCACCUUCCGACACCGCCUGGAGCGCAUGCAGAGAGCAGGAUCUACCUUGGUGGAGUGCAAGAGUGGCUAUGGCUUAAGCUUGGAAACAGAGCUUAAAAUGCUCAGGGUGAUCCAACGUGCUCAGGGAUCCCUGGAUAUUGGCAUUUCAUCGACCUACUGUGGAGCUCACUCUGUGCCCAAAGGGAAGACGGCUGCCGAAGCCACGGACGACAUCGUCAACCACCACCUCCCAAAGCUGAGAGAGCUCCAACAAAGUGGUGAAAUCCACGUGGACAAUAUAGAUGUGUUCUGUGAGAAGGGAGUCUUUGAUCUGGAGUCUACCAGGAGAAUUCUGCAGGCUGGGAAAGACGCAGGGUUACAGAUUAACUUCCACGGGGAUGAGCUCCACCCGAUGAGAUCUGCUGAGCUUGGAGCUGAACUGGGAGCUCGGGCUAUCAGCCACCUGGAAGAAGUCAGUGAUGAAGGUAUCACAGCCAUGGCAAGAGCUAAGUGUGCUGCUGUCCUGUUACCAACAACUGCCUACAUGCUAAGACUGAAGCAACCUCGAGCUAGAAAAAUGUUAGAAGAAGGAGUUAUAGUUGCCCUUGGCAGUGACUUCAAUCCUAAUGCAUACUGUUUGUCCAUGCCUAUGGUGAUGCAUCUGGCCUGUGUCAACAUGAAGAUGUCAAUGAAUGAAGCUCUGGCAGCUGCCACCAUCAACGCCGCUUACGCUCUGGGCAAGUCAGACACCCAUGGCUCCAUAGAGGCUGGCAAGCAGGGGGACCUCCUUGUCAUCAACUCAGCAAGGUGGGAACACUUGAUUUACCAGUUUGGGGGCCAUGACUCAUUGAUCGACUACGUUAUAGUUAAAGGAAAAGUCAUCUAUCAAAAUGAGAGGUGUGGGACAAUGAGCAGCUACUGAGGGA